AUGGCUUCUGACAGUCUUGUGAGCGAAUACUCGAUCGUGGAUCAGUCAUACCAACUUCUUCACAGUGGUAUCCUGAACAAUCCUGUCAUUUUGAAACUACUACCGUCGAAGGCCGCAGAAUAUGCUAAACGAAUCAAGUUCGAGGGGUGCCACAAGCCGGCCUUUCCCAUCAACUGGCGUUUCGCAGAGAGCAUUGCUGUUUUGAAGGCGACUGAAGGCAUCAUGAUGAACGCAUUGUUGGAGCAAAAAUAUGGUGUUGAGCCCGAAGAUGUUGUGGUCAACAUCGACCACGCGCAAUUAUUCCUGAUUUCUUGUCUUUUGACAACGAUCAAGACCAUCGAUCAUGUCUCGGUGUCGACGGAAGGUUUCGCGACGACCUCGAUCUUUCCAAGUUGCGACAUAUAUCGAAAUUCGGCAAGUGCUUAUCGGAGCUGCGCGGGCAAUAUGUAUCAUACUAAGGACGGUCGAUUUUAUCAUGUGCACUCAAAUUUGAAUCCUGAUAAGCUUCAGGAUGCACUUGGUCUGCCUCACGAUUCUGAGGGGGAUGACGAUAACUACGAUGUGGCCCACAAAUUAUAUCAGGAAAGGGCCAUUCAAUACACGGCUGCCGAACUUGAUGAUCUUUGUAACGAAGUAAUCAAAAUCUCGGGGACUGUAGCUUGGAGCGUGGAAGAGUACUUGGCCAGUGAACAUGCACACGCCAACGCUGACAGACAAUUGUGGAACGUGCAGGACGUUCCGAAUCCUAACCAAGCGCCUUGUUGGUGGUCAUCCUCCGACGAAACGUCGGUUUCUCGACCACUCUCUGGACUGAAAGUUGUUGACUUCAGCCGCAUCAUUGCUGCGCCAACUCUGACCCGCGGAUUGGCAGAGUACGGAGCAAGCAUAAUGCGGAUCACUUCAUCUCAUCUCCCAGAUAUGGGAUUCCUGCAUCCAGACAUGGCAUGGGGGAAAUGGAACACCGACCUGGACCUCCGACAACCUGCAGACCUCGAAAAAGCCAAACAACUGAUUCUUGAAGCCGACGUGGUUGUGUACGGUUAUCGGCCUGAGGUGCUUUCCAAGUACGGCCUGGGGUGUGAUGAUGUCCUCGAACUCUGCCACAACCGGGAGAGAGGUCUGAUCGUUGCCAGGCUAGAUUGUUACGGUUGGGUUGGUCCUUGGGCUCAUCGGAGUGGAUGGCAACAAAUCAGCGAUGCCUGUUGCGGUGUCUCUCUUGAUUUCGGGCGGGCUAUGCACGGUACUGAUGAGCCUGUAACUCCUAUUUUCCCGAACUCCGACCAUUGUGCAGGCUUAGCGGGACAUUUGGGAGUCAUCUCGGCACUUUUGAAACGAGCGCAAAAUGGAGGAAGUUAUAUUGUGGAUUGUUCAAUCAACGCAUACUCGCACUGGCUCGUGCAGUCUGUCGGUACCUACCCACAGGAAGUAUGGGACAAAGUAUGGUCUCAACAUGGGCGACCAAAAUUUCGACACUAUCAACCUAUGCAGUAUUUGUUUCCUCAGGGAGUCAAGAUGCUCAAAGCGAAUAUGCCACAUCUUUUCAAUCCGGAUUAUUUUGAAGAUAGAGACGCUAAAGCAAUGGGCUGUAAGGUUAAUUGCGUGAAACCAGCUCUCAGAUUUCCCUCUGGAAAGGUGAAGUUGAGGUUCCAGGUGGGUGCCAGGACCAACGGCAUUGACCAGCCUAAGUGGCCGUCUGACCUAUUGACCGAGAUAGUAUGA